AUGGUCAACUCCAGCACGACAGCACAAGGUGACAACGGCUUAACCGAUCUCGAAAGGCUUGUCGAUAGUUACCCUGCGUGUCUGGAAUUCCUUGGGAUCAAGCAAACCGCCGACCAUAACGGACAGCCAGCACUAUCCAUCCCGCUCGACUUGGAGUCUCGUUCAGAGCACCAAUCUUGGCAGGCAGUUUUCUCCGCAGGUUCUAGAACAUGGAAAUUGGAGAAGAAGUCGCUCCCUGCAGAUCUAGACGAUCACGAUCGCAGUGAUACUCAACAUCCUUCAUUUGGGGACCAAGUGAACAAAUCGAAAGACAAACCUGAUCGCAGCUUCUUGGACAGGGAUGAUUGGGCAACCCUGCUGCUACCAUGUUCAGAUCAUGUCAAACUCUUCCGAGAGACAGACUGGCGUGCUACGAGUCUUGGUGCUCUUCACACCUGGCCUAAAAAUCUGCGAUCGGCCACUCAAAUCAUGCUCGCUGACUGUCGAGCUGUUGCUCUAUUCUGGGGGCCCGAUAGGUUGGCUAUUUACAAUGAGGCUUAUGUUCCCUUAGCAGGUCACAACCACCCUGCACUCUUCGGAGCUCCAUUUCAGAAGCUGUGGCCAGAGAUAUGGGAGGAUUUUGCGGAUCAGUUCGAUACUAUCGAACGAACAGGCCACGCAACCAUCACAUCAGAUUCCGUCAUGUACUUGGACAGGCACGCGUAUCUUGAGGAGACCUGGUUCGACAUUUCCCUAGCACCUGUUCGUGACGAUAUGGGAGACAAUGGUGGGAUACUGAACACGGCUCAGGAAGUCACUCGACAAGUGUUGCUAGACCGCCGAAUGAAGAUUACCAACAGCAUAGCGGCUCCGCCAGACCUGCGUAUUGAAUCAAUUUGGCAGCACAUACUGGGUGUUCUCGAGAUGAAUGAGAAAGACGCUCCCAUGGCUAUUUUAUACGCCUUUGAAGAAAGCUUAGAUGUCACUUCCAGUCCGAGCACCCUGAAACUACAAGGCACUUUGGGCGUCCCUCCCGAUCAUGUCGCUGCACCACAGGAAGCUGAUCUGCAAAGAGCAUCCAACGGGUUUUUCCCGACGCUCAGGAGAGUCAAAAUAUCCUGUGAGCCAGUUGUCUUGCGUAGGGAAGAUAGUAAUUUGUCAGACACCCUUCUAGAAGGCUUCUCGUGGCGAGGAUUUGGCGAGCCAUGUACAGAUGUUGCAGCGAUUCCGCUGCUAGCGAGUGAAGACUAUCUUCUUGGCUUCUUAAUUGUUGGGCUAAACCCUCGAAGAGCUUUCGAUAAAGACCACCAUCAAUUCGUACAGGAGCUUAGUCGACAGCUAACAGCAGUAUUGGCUUCGGCUCUGAGUUUCGACCAAGCUCAGAAGCGGGAGGCUCGGCUAUCGCAAGAGUUGGCUGACAGCGAGAGACGUAUUCGCAAGAUGGCAGAAGUCGCGCCCGUGGGCAUGAUAGACAUCAGUGCAGAGGGCAUGCUGGCGUGGGCUAAUCCUCAAUACUACGAUAUUACUGGACAUCCCACAAACCCCAAAGCACUCUAUGAGAAGUCGUUCAUUGAUGCUGUGCAUGAGGAGGAUCAAGAGAAAGGCGCGGCAGCAUGUUCGAAGGCCUUCGACGAGCAAAAGGUGGUUUCUGUGGCUGUCCGCCUCAAAAAGAAAUUCCGCCCUCCACCGUCUAUGUUCAAUGGUCCCGAUCUAGAACAUACCUGGAUAUUGGGCAAUGUGUAUCCAAACGUGGAAAGUGGCGUAACAAAAGGACUCUUCGCAUGCAUUACAGACAUCAGCCAAUUCAAAUGGGCCGAGCUUGUCCAGGCACGCUCUGCGGAGGCGGCUAAAAAAGCUAAAAGACUGCAAGAAGAAUUCAUUGAUUUCACAAGUCACGAAAUGCGGAACCCUCUUUCUGCUAUCACGCAGUGCGCGGAUGGCAUCUGUUCUUCAAUUGCGGAGUACAAAUCAGCUUUGCAUGGGACACAGCCCGGUCGACUUCAAGACAUAAUUGAAGACAAUACUGAGGCAGCCCGAACCAUUCUUAUGUGUUGCGCUCACCAGCGCCGCAUCGUGGAUGAUAUUUUGACGCUAUCCAAGCUUGACUCGAUGCUUCUGUCAAUAACGCCCGUCCCUGUUCAACCUUCGGCGGUUGUGCUGGCAGCUCUGAGGAUGUUCGAGGCCGAAUUCUUAUCGAACGAUAUUCACGUUGAUACAAUGGCCGAACGACUUGAAGACGAUGUGGAUUUCGACUGGGUGUACUGCGAUCCGACGAGGCUCACCCAAAUCUUUGUAAAUCUACUCACAAAUGCCAUCAAAUUUACAAGAACCGAGCCAAAGCGAAGCAUAACGAUCCACUUCGGUGCUUCAGCUUCCCAUCGUCCCAAAGCCGUGGGUAGAAACAUUCAAUGGUUUCCAACAGGCAAAUCACGACCAGACUUGACUGUCCAUCCCGAAUGGGGCUUUGGUGAGUCUUUAUAUGUUUAUUUCGCGGUGACCGAUACUGGCCGGGGGCUAGAGCAGGACGAGACUACACGACUGUUUAACAGAUUUGCACAGGCAAGUCCACGAACGCAUGUGCAGUACGGCGGUUCUGGCCUGGGACUCUUCAUCUCUCGUGAAUUGAGCGAAAUGCAGGGUGGCGAAAUUGGGGUUGAAUCGAGAAAGGGGGAAGGAUCCACGUUUGCCUACUACAUCAAAGCAAGAAGAGCACCGACAUCAGGUAUUACACUAUCUGGGCCGGAGAGUUCAGCAGUGAAGAAUGCAUCUACAGAAGACCUGUUAUCUUUCCGUGUUCAUCGUAGAAGCAGCAGCAUGGGCAAGGCGGUUCAGGCUAGAGGAGUCAGCAAAGACGAGGAAAAGCCGUCAAAAGAACCCCUAGCCAAGUUUCAUAUCCUCCUUGUGGAAGAUAAUCUCGUCAACCAGAAAGUGCUCAGAAAGCAAUUGACAAAGGCAGGCUGCACGGUAGACGUCGCCAAUCACGGAAUCGAAGCGCUUGAAUACCUGCGAAAAUCAACUGCAUGGGAUGCUGCCAAUCGACAGGGGCCUGGUACGGACCUUGACGUCGUUUUGAUGGACAUUGAAAUGCCGGUCAUGGAUGGACUGACUUGCACCAAGAAGAUUAGAGAGCUGGAACAGCAGGGCCUGCUCUCGCAGCACUUGAACGUGGUUGCCAUCACGGCCAACGCAAGAGCAGAGCAGGUGGUGAUCGCACGCGAAGCUGGCGUGGACGAUGUCUUGUCGAAGCCAUUUCGUGUCCCCGAACUCAUCGAGAGAAUGGAGGCAUUGGGCGUCCAAUCCAGCAAAACAGAUGGCAAUCCUUGA